AUGGGGAAGCAACGGAAAUCAUCGACCUUCACGGACAAAGCGAACAAUUGGCGAUUUCCAUUUCCGACCAAGAACAGCGGGGAGGAUAGUCUUGGCUGCGGCGGCGGCGGCGGUGGGGGUGGUGCUCAAAGCAAGUCAAUUAUUCCAAGUCGGGUCAGAAACAGGUUCGAGACAUCGUCGCAUCAUUUGCUCGUUGGACUUUCGUCGUCAAUUCAGGGUUUUUCGAGAAAAGGGAAGAAAAAGGUGUCGUCAUGUUUGACCAGUAAAUGUCACCCGGUCGGGAUAGCGUCGUCAUCGGCAAGCCAUUAUAAUGGUCAUCUUAAUAAUUCAGGAACUACGACGACGGAUAAUGACACUAAUAAGGAUGAGUUGUCGUCAUCUUCGUCCGUUUGUGACGUUGCAUCGCCAACGGAAGAUGACGAAGAUGGUAAAAAUGAGAAUGAGACGUAUGCUCGAAUUGGAGAUUACAAUAGAGAAGAAGCAGCACCAGGUCACCCUCGACUCCCUCCACCCUUGAAACCUCUGUACUUUGAAGUCCCUCAAGAGGAAGAGCACCAACUGGUUGAGAGAUCCUGGAUUUAUGGGGAAAUUGAUACCAUUUUCUCCACAGAUAGCAAUAGACGGGGCGUUAUCAUUCAUGGAAAUCCGGGCACAGGAAAAACUACGAUUGCACUCCAACUUGUGGAAAACUCGUGUUUCGGGAGAAAUAUGAAACCAGAAAAUGACGAACUCGGAAAUGGGAGCUCUUUGGUCAAGCUAGCCUCGAAAAUUGUGGCGUAUCACUUUUGUCAAGUGGACAAUAGAACGACCUGUCUGGUCCCGGACUUUGUGCAUUCCCUGGCUGCCCAAAUGUGCCAGGCUCCCGGUCUCUCCGCGUACCAGACGUAUCUCGACGAGAAUCCAGACGUCCAGGACCUCCUUUCUACCCAUCAAUGCCUCACGGACCCCAAGAAAGCCUUCACGUCCGGAAUUCUAGCCCCCCUUCGGGAUCUCCACAAAGAGAAGAAGCUCAUAUUUCAAGACUACUUCUUCCUAAUUCUGGACUCUGUCGACGAAGCAGAGUCACAUUCCCGACCAGGAAAUCAUGGCGACACAAUUUCAGGCUUCUUGUCGAAACAUAUCCUCAAAAUUCCACCCUGGUUCAAAAUCAUUGCAACGAUACGAUCCAGUCAAUUGGCACUUUUGGACUUUAUUCCUUUCAAGCGGAUAAGCCUGGACACAAUGGAUGACCGAGUGGACGCCGACGUACGUCAAUAUGUGAGUCAAAGACUGCAAAAUCUUGCCAAACCUUGCACAACAACGGGAAGUGGGAAAAAGGAAACAUUUCCGGUCGGAAACGGGAAUAGAAAAAAAGUGGUCAGCAAUAGCAGCAGCACUUUUCCAGGGUUGAAAACACAUCUCCUCCAACUUUCCGGUGGUUCCUUUCUCUUCCUCAAACUUACCAUUGAUCUUAUCGAGCACGGACAUUUAGUCGUCAAACUGAACAACUUCAAAAAUUUACCGAUUUCUCUGCAAGAAGUAUUUUCGCUUCAUUGCAAUCUCCGGUUUUCGUCCGGCCCUAAGUUUAAGGCUGUGACACCGAUCCUUUCAACUUGUCUCGUUGCUCUGAAUCCGCUCAACUUGUUGGAAAUCUACCAUUCCGUGAAUUCUCUCCGAUUCAAAGAAAAUUUGGCGUGGGUCGAGUUUCUCAGGUUGUUCAAGACUUUGCAAGGCUUGCUCGUAAAACGGCUGGACGCGACGUACAUGUUUUUCCACUCUUCCUUCCGGGACUGGCUACUUGGGAAGGAUUACUUUGGAAAUGCGAGAUUCACCUGCAAUUCCGAAAUGGGUCAUGCCGCCAUAGCGCUUCGCCUCCUGAGGGUCGAGCGUCCUUUAAGCAGUCACAAAUUACUGGAUCUCGCCCACCAUCUUCUCAAAGCGAAUAAAUCUCUGCGAAGUGGGAGUGGUUCGUCGUCCUCCAAACUCUCUCAAGCCAUUCUUCUGCUCAGCAGUUGUGAAAACGUGGCAACUGCACUCGUCUCACCGACCAAUAUUUAUGCCACCAAUCUUAAGGUGUCCCGCCUGCUGCUCCUCGCGGGUGCUUCCCCCAUGACGAAAUGUCCCCUCAGUGGUCAAUCCAUCCUCGAGAUUUGCACGGCUCACGGAAAUGUUCCUCUCCUCGACCUCCUCCUCGAGUUUGGAGGGGAUGUCAACGCGGAAAAUGAGAAGGGCGACAAUCUUCUUGCCCUGGCGUCUCGGUCUGGUCAAUUGGACAUGGUUCGUUUCCUGGUGGGAAGGGGUGCCAUGUAAUAAACUAGAGUUCA